UCACGCCAAUGCAGACUACAAGUCUACAACACUCACGAACCAGUGCAAAGGACCUGACAGGCUGACACAGGAGAUAAAUAAUUGAAAGUCAUGUUGUGAUAAUGAUAGCUUGGGCCGUUUCUUAAAUCAACUAGUUUAUCAGAAAUUGGUGAAGGAUCAAAACUCGCAAUGGAACCAACGGUUGAACGAGGACUGAUUUUUAAAGAAGAAAUUCAAAUUCCAACACUUUGGGGAUACCUUGCAGCCAAGGUAUGGGGGCCUGAUGAUGGUGUUCCUGUUUUGGCACUUCAUGGAUGGCAGGAUAAUGCAGGAACGUUUGACACUCUUGCUCCUCUGCUUCCAUCGAAUAUCAGACUAGUUUGCCUUGAUUUUUGUGGUCAUGGUCUUUCGUCACAUUACCCACCAGGAAUGUUUCUCAACUAUUAUGAUCAUGUCUAUCAUGUAAAACUAGUGAUAGAUUAUUUCAAGUGGAAAAAAGUAAACAUUUUGGGACACAGCAUGGGAGCAAUUACUGCCAUUUUCUUUGUUUCCAUGUACUCAGAAUUAGUGGAUAAGCUCAUCAGCCUUGAUGCAGUCAAACAACUUUCAUCCUCUGCUGAAUACCUACCUGCUCGUAUGAAGGGUGUUUUAACCAAUUUUCAAGAAAUUGUUGAAAGACUCCAACAGGGACCCUUAUCAUCUGUGUCUUACGAGGAUGCUCGCGAAAGAGUUGUCAAGAAUUACGGUGGAUCCAUUGACGAGAAAGAUGCUGAUGUCCUUCUUAAGCGCGGUUUGCGUAAAUUAAGUGACGAAGAUGAAUAUGAAUUCACUCGCGAUUUGCGCUCUACCGUUCGUCCGUAUCUUUUUAAUGACUUUACUACUGAACAGCUAAAAGCAGUGGCUCGUGCUAUCGUAUGUCCGUUUUUGCUUAUAAAAGCUAAAAACACUUCAACGUUUGAACCAAAAGAAUUGUAUCGGGAGUUUUACGAUAUCUACCGCGAUGCCAGCGAAGAUUUUCGUUACGUAGAAGUUGAAGGUAGACACCACGUCCAUCUAUCUCAUCCAGAGUUGGUUGCUCCCAUAAUUAGUAAUUUUCUGUUUCCUGUGAAAUCUAAACUCUAAUUCGGGUUUGAAUUUGUGCCACACAAAUUAAACAAAACCGCCCAUAGGUUGUUAAAUACAGGUUGUUUGCAAUGAGUUAUAUUCGCAACCCUUCUGCGCUCUAAUUUUUCUACUUACAGGUACAUUAGUUACGUCGUAAUGACAAAUUUAAAAGUCUACGUUAUUAUUAAGUCGAAUUAUUUUACAUAUAAAUUUCUAUUCCUCUGACUAACUUGGAUUUUUUUAUGACGUCAGUGCUCUAUGGUGAGGGGGAUAAUUUUGAGACAUAGAUUACAAUCAUUGUUUGAGAUAACGAAAUGAUGUAAUACGUUGGAUUUUAGAUAUCAUCUUUCUAUGUGAUGAAUUGAACAUGAACAGCAUCGAAGAGUGCAACACUGCAACUAGGCUAGAGCGGAUAUUUUAUUUAUUUUUGGAAAGGGUUUCAAGACAGUCAAGAAAUACAAGAUGCGAUACUAUAUGGAA